UCCUCCCUUGGUCUCAUCCAUUCCACCCUCGGCUUCAGCUUGUAAAAGCUUCAACCAGCCUCAAGCGGAAAACUACAGAGGGAGAGAGGGAGGGAGGAAGACGGAGGACGCCGCGAUGCGUUGUGCAGUGCUGCCGCUGCUGCUCGUCUUCGUGGCGGCGCGCGCCGCCGCGGUCGUCACCGACGGUCUCCUGCCGAACGGCAACUUCGAGCUGGGUCCGGCCAAGUCGGAGCUGGUGAACGGUACUGUGGUGAAGGGCGGGAAGGCGAUCCCCAAGUGGGAGACGUCGGGUUUCGUGGAGUACAUCGAGUCGGGGCACAAGCAGGGCGACAUGCUGCUUGUGGUGCCGCAGGGCGCCUACGCCGUCCGCCUCGGCAACGACGCCUCCAUCCUCCAACGCAUCCCCGUCGCCCGUGGCUCCUACUACGCCGUCACCUUCAGCGCCGCCCGCACCUGCGCGCAGGCCGAGCGCCUCAACGUCUCCGUCAGCCCCGAGUCGGGCGUGCUCCCCAUGCAGACCAUCUACGGCAGCAACGGCUGGGACUCGUACGCCUGGGCCUUCAAGGCCAAGCUCGACGUCGUGGAGCUCGUCAUCCACAACCCCGGCGUCGAGGAGGACCCCGCCUGCGGCCCGCUCAUCGACGCCGUCGCCAUCCGCACCCUCUACCCGCCCACGCUCUCCAAGGGCAACAUGCUCAAGAACGGCGGAUUCGAGGAGGGCCCCUACUUCCUCCCCAACGCCUCCUGGGGCGUCCUCAUCCCGCCAAACAUCGAGGACGACCACUCCCCGCUCCCCGCCUGGAUGAUCAUGUCCUCCAAGGCCGUCAAGUACGUCGACGCCGCCCACUUCAGCGUCCCCGAGGGCGCCCGCGCCGUCGAGCUCGUCGGCGGCAAGGAGAGCGCGCUCGUGCAGGAGGUGCGCACCGUGCCCGGCUGGGCGUACCGCCUCUCCUUCGCCGUCGGAGACUCCGGACACGACUGCAAGGGAUCCAUGGUCGCCGAGGCCUACGCCGCGCGAUCCACGCUCAAGGUGCCGUACGAGUCCAAGGGCGCCGGCGGGUACAAGCGCGCCGUGCUGGACUUCGUCGCCGUCAGGGACCGCACGAGGGUCGUCUUCCAGAGCGCCUUCUACCACAUGAAGGCCGACGGCACGCUCUGCGGGCCCGUCAUCGACGACGCCAAGCUCGUCGGACUGCGCAAGAAGCCCGCCGCACGUCGCCUCAUGCUCUGAUUAAUUCAGAUAGCCCCGCCGCCGCACGUCGCCUUACAACAAACAAUAUACUUCAUAUAUGCGCGCAUGCACGACGCGGUAACUCCCGGUCAGGAUCAGUGACUACGUAGUAUCUAUUGCUAGGCUUUUGGUGUGCCAAUCGAUCGGAUGGGUAUAUGUGUGUAUGUGAGUUCGCCGUUGCCUGCCGUGCUUAUACUUGCGGUGGCUCGGCGCUUGUUGUUUUUUGCUUCUUUCAUGUCAAUCAACAAAGAAAAGAGUCAUGUUA